AUCCCACCAAUAAUCAGUACAACUUAAUUUUACAACUCGCCGCUGAAGGGAAUUUACGUGAAUACUUAAGAAGGAACUUUUUAAAACUAGAUUGGUCAGAUAAACUACGAUUUGCACAAGAAAUAGCCGAAGGGCUCUUGUUUUUACAUGAUAAUGGGAUUUUUCAUCGAGACCUUCAUUCAAAAAACAUAUUAGUUCACAAUCGACGAAUGUUAAUUGCUGACUUUGGAGUAUCUAAACAUAUGGAUCAA